AUGGAUUAUUCGUUUGGAUCGGUUCCAUCAUUAACAAUGCGUACAAUUGGUGAUAUUUUGGAUUUUUUUGUAUUUCUUGGUCCAAAACCUGAACAAGUUAUUCAACAAUAUACAUGGUUAGUUGGUCGAUCUAUUUUACCACCUUAUUGGUCACUUGGGUUUCAACUUGCUCGUUGGGAUUAUGGAAAUUUAACACAUAUGCAACAAGUUGUUAAACGAAAUCGUGAUGCUGGAAUUCCUCUUGAUGUUCAAUAUGCUGAUAUUGAUUAUAUGGAUGCUGAAAAAGAUUUUACUAUUGAUCCAAUUAAUUUUCAUGGAAUAAAAGAAUAUUUUGCUGAAUUGAAUGCAGAUGGAAUUCGAACUAUUGUUAUUUUGGAUCCAGCUACAAUUGAUGAUCAAGUUCAUUAUGCACCAACGAUUGAAGGUAUUAAAGAAGAUGUAUUUAUUAAAUGGGAAGAUGGCAAAACAUUAAUGAAAGGAUCUUGCUGGCCAGGCGAUGUUUUCUUUCCAGAUUUCUUCACAAAUCGAGCUCAAUCUUGGUGGUCACGAUGGGCCUUACCAAGGAAAAAACAUCGUGAUAGACAAACGAAUGGUUAA